CAUUGUCGAGAGCCUGCACGGUGCAGUUUGUAAGCGAAAUCGAAACGUGAUGCUCAUGAUGAAGUUCAGCGCGGUCGGUUUGUUGUUUGUUGGACUGGCGUUGGCCGGUGCAAAGGCCGAUAAAAUGAUGGACGCGAAGGAGAUGUUGCGCGGUUUGGCGGUCGAGUGUAAAACCAAGGAAGGGGCCAGCGACGCCGAUGUGGAUAUGUUCGUGAACGAUGAAACGCCGGAAACGCGCACCCAGAAGUGUCUGAUCGGGUGCAUGCAGGAGCAGUUUGGAGUGUCCAACGGAAAAGCCUUCCAGCCAGACGGCUUCAUGGAACUAUCGAAGGUGUUCAUGAAGGGCGAUGAGACGAAAGUGGAAGUCGCCAAAGAAAUUGCUGUCGACUGUAAAGAUGUCACCAACGAGGAUCGCUGUGAGCUGGCGUUGCUAAUCAUGAACUGCCUUAAGGAUUCGGCCGAGAAGCAUGGUAUCUCCUUGAAGCAUUAGCACCUUGGCUCCUUGAUGUCCUGAAUGCUCGCAUUUCGUUCCCUAAAAAUCGCAUACACUUCCUAAUAAACCUCAGGCCAGUUAUAACUUUGUGACCAGUGCCGGUCGCUUUAUUAAAUAUUCCGUUGCUGGGCGGUUCUAUCGUUCAAUCGAAUUUGUAAUUCUGCAUCACUUCGUUAAAGAUCGGUUUACAGUCGAUUUUGGCGUUAAGCCGGGCACACAGCAGAAACACCCCGGACAGCUUUCGGUGCAGCGAGUAGAUCUCCUCGGGCGGUGGACACAAUCGGUGUGCGACCAUCACCGGCACCAGGGCCGCAAUUUUCUUCGUCGUACUCUGCCGGCCAAACUCGAACUCUCCAGGCACGCUGAAUAUUUCCCCCAGUAUCAACACAGCAUCGAUGUGCGCAUUUUCCAUGGCGGGCGUUUCGUAGCCGGUAAGAAAUCCCAUCUUUCGCGAGAGCUCCAAAAUCUUCUGGCGAUCGUUUUUGGUGGCCGCCAUUAUGACGCGCAAGUAAUCGUCCAUGAA